AUGUCUUCUGCAGUUGGCAUUGGCUGGCGCGAUGAGUUCGCCGAACGCGAUGUUACCGUCCUCCAGAAAUUCAUCAAGCAACAUCCAUUGGGAGCCUUGAUAACCGCAAUUCCAGAGAAUCUCUUGGGUGGCAACUCGUUUCCCGUGCUCCAAACCACAUUCAUUCCUUUCGUUCUCGAUACUCCAGACUCAACCGAGCCCGAAUCCAAGUCUGGCAGUCUGGGCACACUUCGGGGUCAUAUAGCGCGCAAGAAUCCCCACGCACAAGCCCUCAUUCGCGUGAUGAAUCUCCGAACCCCAGUCCCCGAGUCCGACCCAAACAGCCCAACCGGGACCGUAUUGUCACAAGAAGUCAUGAUUCUGUUCAACGGGCCCGUAAAUAGCUACGUGACCCCCUCUUUCUACACUGCCACAAAACCUACAUCCGGUAAAGUCGUCCCAACCUGGAAUUUCUCCGCCGUUCAGGCUUACGGCACUCUCAAACUCUAUUACGAUCCCGCUUACCGAAGCACAUCAUUCUUCCUCGGAAAGCAACUCACCGAUCUCACGCACCACGGGGAGGAAGUCCUGAUGGGAUUCUCUCAACCUUGGAAGGUCUCCGACGCCCCUGCGUCCUUCACUCACCAACUCUCAAAGGCGAUUCUCGGGGUUGAGAUCAAGAUCAUGCGCUUAGAGGGGAAGUGGAAGAUAGGACAGGAGACGGCGGCUAGAGACCAGCUUGGAACAAUUAGGGGAUUUCGGGCGAUGGGCACAGAGGCAGGGGAGCAGAUGGCGAAGAUGAUAGAGGAGAGAGGAGCCAUUGGUUCCAGAUCGAGCAAAAAAGGAGGAUGA